AUGACUGUAACGCGGGUGGCAGAGUCCCGCACAGAAUUUAAAUUAAAGAGUCUGCCUGAGGAUGCUAUAUCCAGUGUAAAAUUCGCACCAAAAUCGAAUCAAUUUCUAUUAGUUUCAUCUUGGGACUGUUCUGUAAGGUUAUAUGAUGUAACAGCAAAUAUUGAAAGACAUAAAUACAACCAUGAACUACCAGUACUCGAUGUUUGCUUUAGAGAUGCCGUCCAUACUUAUAGUGGUGGCUUAGACCAAACUCUUAAAAUGUUUGAUCUAAAUGCCGGCAGUGAAACAGUCCUUGGUGAACAUAAAGGCGCCAUACGUUGUGUAGAAUUUGCCAACGAAGUAAAUGCUGUACUUACUGGUAGUUGGGAUGGUACUGUAAAAAUGUGGGAUAGCAGAGUUCCCAACUGUGUUGGGACUUACAACCAAGGAAAUGAAAGGGUGUACACUAUGAGUAUAGUGGGUGAAAAGUUUGUAGUAGGUACCUCAGGACGUAAAAUAUUUGUAUGGGAUGUUCGUAAUAUGGGCCAUGUGAAUCAAAGAAGAGAGUCUUCGCUAAAAUAUCAAACAAGAUGUAUAAGGGUAUUUCCAAACAAACAGGGUUAUGUGCUUAGUUCAAUAGAGGGUAGAGUGGCUGUAGAGUACUUGGACAGUAACCCAGAAGUCCAGAAAAAGAAAUAUGCAUUUAAAUGCCAUAGAAUUAAAGAUGGUGGUCUGGAAAAAAUUUAUCCAGUAAAUGCAAUAAGUUUCCAUUCUAUGUAUAACACUUUUGCCACUGGUGGCUCUGACGGGUAUGUUAAUAUAUGGGACGGUUUCAACAAGAAGAGGCUUUGCCAAUUUCAUAGGUAUAAUACAGCAGUGUCAUCGCUCAGCUUCUCUCAUGAUGGCUCAGCACUUGCCAUUGCCUGCUCACAAUUGGAUGAAACCCAAUCUGAUGAACCAAAGCCCGAAGACACAAUCUACAUCAGAUAUGUUACCGAUCAAGAAACCAAGCCUAAA